AUGUAUCAAUAUACAUUAUUCAUCUUAUCAGUCGCUAUUAUACACUUAAAUUAUGCAUGCUAUAUUACUAAUUGUCCUAUUGGUGGCAAGCGUAGUUUACUUGUCAACAAUAUGCUUCAUUCUCAUCAAUGUCCACGUUGUGGACUCAAUGGUCAAUGUUUUGGACCAUCGAUUUGUUGUACAAGUUUAGGUUGUCGUAUGGGACAUCCAUCUGAUGUUCAUCAAUGUUCAAGUGAAAAUCAUAGCGUAAUCCCAUGUACUAUCAAGAGUACAGCUUGUUCGGUAUUAUCUAAUGGUCGAUGUGCUACCAAUGGACUCUGCUGUAACUCGGAAUCAUGUCAAAUGGAUGCCACAUGUUCAAUAUCAUCAAAUCAAAAUUUUGAUAGUUUAUAA